GAUAAAGUCAUUUUGUUCCGCUCUGUGUCGGAACUUUCAUGCGUGUCAGCGUCACCUCCCUCACAAGCUCUGGGUUUUUGUCAGCAGAGACAAAGAGGACAUUAAAGUUUAUUUCAGUUACAUCCCAGGGGAUCUAAACUUAACAGUUUGCAGGGUCAGCUUUAAAAAAAAAGCACACGUCCUUCCUCAUCAUCCUGUCUGCUACAAAGUCUGGGUAACAGCUUUUUUCUUUCUUUGUUUAAGUCAGAUUUCCUGAUCUGACUGCUUUUACUUGGUGAUUCUUCGCGCCUCAGAGCGCAGGACCACUCCUCUCUCCACCUUUAGAGGAGUGGUUCUGCUCCUCUUACAUUUAAGGACUUUGGAGCGGCGCGCAAAACCGGGAGCAGCUUUUCUGAGUAAAUUUCAACCAGUCUAGGAAAUCCCUCCCCCUUUCCGGGUUGCUUUUUUUCUUUUCUUUUUUGCGCCGUCCUUGUCGUCAGACCGUCGGAGCUGGGGUCAUUCUGGCUCAGAUGGCGCGGCUUUCGGAACCGUCCGAACUGGAUCCGGGCCGUCGGCUCCACCUUUGAGGCUGAGCGUCACGGAGCAUGAAGGUCUCGGUUGUGACUCCCGAACCUCGCAGUCUAAUCAUCAUCACACGGCUUCGCUUAUCAGAGGGGGAGGGAUGAUCGCCCGAGAGGAAAAGUGAAAUCUACCGCGUCAAAACUUUCAAGGUGGCUUGAUGAGUCGGAGCGCGAGGCGUCUGGAAAAGACGCACGAGCGCAGAGAGAAUGAAAGCACGACGGUCAUGGCAGCGCCUAAAAAGAAACCGGUUCAUCCCAUCCCUCCUCCUGCUGACCAUAAUUGCUCUGCUGUUGGUCAACAUCAAGCACAGCAACAUUCCUGAACCCACGGACCAACCAGAAGUCUUGAAGAGCCUCCCGUUCCACAAGUAUCACAUUAACUGUUCAGCUGUUUAUGACAUGGACCCAGUGGAGAUUGGUAAAGCUCUUAUCAUCAGGAAGAACAAAGAAAGAGAAGACACAGAUGAAAGUCUUGCAGAGUUCACCGAAAAUUGCCCGUCAUUCAUCAAAAUUAGAGGCUAUGAUGACGUGUGUUUUUCAGACCAAGAGAAAGACUUUCCUCUGGCUUAUUCCUUAGUUGUGCAUAAAAAUGCGUGGAUGGUAGAAAGACUGCUCAGGGCCACAUACUCGCCUGUCAAUGUCUACUGUAUACACUAUGAUCAGAAGUCCACGCCUCAGUUUACCGCCGCAAUGGAGGGCUUGGCCCGCUGCCUGCCCAACGUCUUCAUCGCCAGCAAGCGAGAGUCUGUCUUUUAUGCCAGCAUCAGUCGACUGCAAGCUGAUCUCAACUGUCUUCAUGACCUUGUGGAGUCAGAGGUCAAGUGGAAAUACGUCAUCAACCUUUGCGGCCAGGAUUUCCCACUCAAGUCCAACAUGGAGCUGGUGUCAGAGCUAAGGAAGCUCAAUGGCUCCAACAUGUUAGAAACGAGCCGACCGUCCAAUAUCAAGAAGGAUAGAUUCAGUUUCCACCAUGAGCUGAAGGACGCCAGCUUUGAAUACCAAAAGCUGCCAGUAAGAACGGAUCAGGCUAAAAGUCCGCCACCUCAUGGCAUAGAGAUGUUCAUCGGGAAUGCCUACUUUGUGCUUUCACGAGAAUUCAUACUACACAUGACCUCCUCUGUCAUUGCCAUGGAUUUCUUUGACUGGUCCAAGGACACAUAUUCCCCAGACGAACACUUCUGGGCCACACUUGUGCGGGUGCCGGGUUUUCCCGGGGAAGUGGCCAGAGAAAAGCCAGAUAUCACAGAUCUGAUGAGUAAGACCAGGCUGGUGAAGUGGUCCUAUUUGGAGGGGAGUCUAUACCCACUGUGUACCGGGGAACAUGUUCGCAGCGUUUGUAUUUAUGGUUGUGGUGAAUUGCGCUGGUUACUCAACUACGGCCACUGGUUCGCCAAUAAGUUUGAACCAAAAGUGGACCCCGUCCUCAUUCAGUGCCUUGAAGAGAGGCUAGAAGAAAAGCAGAGAUCUCUAUUCACAAGGACUUCCUUAACUUGUCAUAAGAGUACAACUUAAAGGAACUGAUCGCAAACAACUGUAAGCCAGCUGCUUUUUCUAUCUGUUUUUGGCACAUUUUUCAAAAGUUUUAAAUUUUUACAUUUGGUUGAAAAAACCAAAAGGACUGGAUGUCAUUUUUAUGUUUUUUUGGGUGUAUUUUGAGGGUCUAGUGUGGUCCAGAGUUUGUUUCUUUGGAUGGUCCACUUUGUUUUGGACGAUCAAAUUGGCAAAAUUGGGUUUGCCUGAAUAAAAGGGGUAUUGGUUUGCAUUUAACUAACUCUUAUGGUGGUUCACUACAGUGGAAAUGCAGACAGAUCUUUGAGCUAAAAAACUAGGUGACGCAAACCAAAGAGAGUCACCUUCAGAGACAAUGUGUCAGAAGGUAAUUAUCAUAUUUUUUGGACUAUAAGUCGCUCAGGAGUAUAAUUCACAGACACCAAAAUAUGCAUAGUAAAUAAGAAAUAAAAUUGUAUGUAAGUCGCACUUGAGUAUAAUGCUACUCUCACACCAGGCUCAAAAACGCGUCUUCGAGCGACUGCUUCCAACCAAAAGUUUGUGUAAACACACGGAAAUGUGCGUUUCAGGCUUCCACGAUCAAAAUUCUUGUGUUCACGCGUUGCUACGCAAGUUUUUAAGUCCAUUUGUGGGCUUUAUGUACAAAACGUGCACUGAAAGUUUAACCGGUUGAACUUUGACCUCUCAGGGAAUUGGCUUUGGUAGUGACGUAUACAGUAGAUGGCGUCCUUUUUAAUUCACGAAGUGCCUAAAUUGAUCAUGAAGGAGAAGUACCAAUCGUUUGAAACUCAAUAA